AAUUACGAGAAAAACGAGUAAAGUUUGUCCGCUAUGAUUAAAAGUGGUGAUUAUAUCGAAAGACUAAAUCGACAAAACCAUGAAAACUCCAAAGCCAUCGACUAUAAAACGUAUGGCUAUGACUUGGAGGAAGAUGAAGAGGACCAAGAAACGAAGGAUGAUUCAAAAGACAGUGUUUGGUCACCAGAAAUCGAGCAAAGUUUUCGUGAAGCUUUGAUUAUUUAUCCACCUUGUGGAAGAAGAAAAAUUAUUAUUUCAGAUGAAGGAAAAAUGUUUGGACGAAAUGAAUUAAUUGCACGAUAUAUCAAGCUUAGAACGGGCAAAACUAGGACAAGAAAACAAGUAUCAAGUCAUAUUCAAGUGUUAGCACGUCGACGAUCAAAAGAAUCGGCUGAAUAUUCAUUCGACGAUAUUUAUGAUUCAGAUUUAUGUGGUUUCUCCCCAUCUAUAGAUAUUCAUGAAGAUACUGAGCAAUCAAAUUUUAAUGUGGGAAAUUCGAAUUCUAAACUAGAAAAGAAUACAUCAUUUAGCGUUGAGACAUUUUUAUCUCAAGUCACUCCUCUUGAAUAUACAGAUUUGAAAAAAUUAACUAUUCUUAAUAAACUAAGUAUUAUUCAAACGGAUGAAAUACACCUUAUGUAUUAUGAUUUAUACAUGUGUAAUUCUGCCCAGGCUCAUCAUUCUACAAAUGAACAAGCCUUGAUUAUACUUAACUCAUCCUCACCAAUUAGUGUAGUUCACUCCCAAAUGGAUUCAAAUCAAUCUGAUAUUAUACCUCAACAUAUUGAUAUAAAUUGGCCACAUACUCUUAGAAAUCAACCUGAAAAAUGUUUUAUUAUGAAUUUAAGGAUUGAUUUACCAGAUGCUAACCAUUUGAUGUGUAAUCCAUUUUUAUCCACAACUAUUAUAUUCAAGAGUAUUUGCUCUAGAAAAAAAUCUCUAAAAUUAUCUACAAAAAUUUUCACAUUCAACCAACUUAUCACAGAGACAGAAACUAAUUUAAAAUUACUGGAAAAUAACCAAGAAAAUAUUUAUAUUAGUCAACGAAAAUUAGAAUCUUAUCUUACAGAAUUAUUGACAAAUCUUUCAAAAUUAGAUUCUGAAGAACUUAUAAAUUUGGCUUUGGAAAGUACAUAUUUAUUACAGCUUGUAUAUGAUGAUGAAACUAAUCAUCCAAUGAUUGGAUUUACUAUACUAUUAAAUAUUUCAAGAGCUGAUCAUUUGAAAUCACAUCAAAUAAUUUGUUUUUCAUAAUAUGCUUCAUUUUAUUUUCUUAACACUUUUCUUUGUAGUGUAAUGUUUUCUUUUUUUUUUUCUUGUUACGAACUGUAAUACAUCUGUCAAUCUUAUGUAUCGUUAUUAAUUUAAUCAUAAAAUCUUAUCCUAAUAUAUUUAAAAAAUUUUAUAUUAACAUAUUUUCUCGAAUUAUCACCUAAUCUUUAAAACAAUUUAUAAUAUUACACUAAAUCAUAAUGGUUUUCUUUAUUUAUCCAUGAAAUUGCAUUUUAUUAUGUAAGUUUACUUUCGUGCUAUAUAUAAAUUAACAGAAUUAUUAAUGAAUAUAUGUGCUUCUUUUGUUUGAAAUUUCCUACUAUGACUUGUUCUAAAACAAUAAUAACGAAUAUAAAUGAUGAAUGAUGAAAGUUUUACAUAAUAUCACUCGCAUUGCUAUAAUGUUCUUGGUGAAUUUAAGUCACUUUGAUGUUUUAAAAUGAGGGCAUUCCUCAUUUUGAUCGGUGUCCUAAGCAAGUUUUCAUUGAUAGGAGAUUUUAUCAUUCGAUUUCAUCAUAAUUUGUAUCGAGAAAC